GAAUGGCAGAUAUCGGCCGCAUCUUUCCUCUCCGUUCAUCUUCCUUCCCAAAACUACCACUGUGAUAUCUUCUUCUACGCUCUCCUUCACAUUAUCACUUUGAUUCAUGAGAUUCCACUCUGCUUCUUGCUUCUAUAAUCUUAUCUUUAUUGUUAUUUAUUACUCUGCGUGUUUUUCUUUUUUACAAAUGAUAUUUUUUUCUCGCCAUUAUGAUCGAUCUAGUCUCACAUUCUCUGGACUUUGAUCAGAUCUGAUUGAUUUGAUAGUUUAUUUGCUGAUUGCGUGCGAUUCAAUUGUUCCGGAUCUAUAGAUCCGAUUCUCGAUCUGUUUCUAUUGACAUUACUUCUUAAUCUCUGCUUCUUAAUCAUAGCGUUUGUUAUGUGAUGAGUUAUCUUCUUUCAGUUCAUGAUGAACAGAUCGGACCCUGGAAUUCGUCCAUGUUGAUUCUUGCAUCUGCUAACUCUUUUUAUUCCAAUUGUUUGUGAAUUUCGAAUUGGAUUUCAAUGAUAAAUCGUACUUCAUACCGCCCCUGUUUUCUGCAUCUAAUAUCUAAUGCGUUUAGUUCAAUUCAAAUCCAUUACUUACAUUUUUCUGAGACCAAUCUAUUACUAACAUUGUUUAUUACAUUCAGUUUUAUAAUUAAAUAAUUUUACAGUUUGUAAAUUAUUAUUUUUACUCCCUCGGUAUCUAAAUGAAUUAUACUGUUACUUUCCUAGUCUCCAAACCCUUUUUCUUUAAUACUUGUUUUCAUUAUCAAUUUGAUAAAAUAAAUGAUUCUUGUUAAAUCUUAAUAUGGAGAUGUAGCUUUUAAAUACUCUAGGUUUUAUUUUACUUCAAUUUCGUAACGGCAAAUCUUUUCAUGGUUCACUCGUCAGUUCCAGUUAUAUGGAACCUGCAUGUGGAUUCCUUAGUAUUAGGAUUAGGAGAUUAAAAUUGUUAUUAGGAUUAAAAUUAGCAUUAUGAUUCGAAUUAAAAUUAGCAUUUGCAUUAGGCAUAUUGGCUUGGGUAAAACGAGCCUUUUUUUCACAUUACCUUCAAAGUCCAAUAAUUUUUGAGAGAAGGUCCAAGAUUUACGCAUGGAUGGACCAUAGGUGCGUGGAGUCUCCACUCUGUUGGGAGUACUUUGAUAUACCUAAAGUCCACCAAAAUUUUGUGAUGCUUAUUACAUCAAAAUUAGUAUUUUUAAUAUUUUUUUUAAAAUAAAAACAAAAUGCUUAUCUUAAUGUUAUGCAAAUGCUUAUUAGCCUCGUUUGUUGGUGUUUACCUUAAGUCUAUGAAUAUGCCUAGUGCUUUCGUGUUUCUCUCUUUCUAUGUGCAGGUGUAAGUGUAUCUGGACUUGCUCUCUCAUGUAUUCCGUAUGUGGGUUACGUAUGGGUAAUUAGAAUACAAAGGAUCACCGAAGAGAGAUCAAAUUUCAUAAAUGACUCUUAUUUUGUGUGAGUUUGCCAGGUGAGUGAUUUUGUCCCCACUUUUUUGAAUGGAUUUAGCUAUUUGUACCCCAAGAUUUCUGCCGCAGGUGUACAUCUUCAUUUUGUGGUAAUGUGAUGCUAGGGUGAUGGUUUAAAUUGGUACAAAAUGUUGCGCAAACUUUUAUUAUCGUACUAGUAUUUUGUGCCAUCGUGAACUAUCGAAAUGUUAGUGAAUAUCUUUAGUGUCACUUUGAGGGAAGGUACGUUUUUUUUAUGUAAUUGUAGCAUGUUUGUUUUUUUAAUUUACUUAUUUACUUGUCUAUAAUGCUAAGGUUUUAUUUUGCAUUCAACAGACAAGUGAAAAAUGCCAAGGCUGCGAGAUAUGCAAUGCUUUCACUUGGCGUCUAACAAAAUUUCCAGAUAUUGCAUCCAACACUUAAAGAAAAAAAUGGAGUCCUCAAAGAGGGAACAGGCUGAAUUUUACUAUCCAUUCCUCAAAAUUGGAUCUAAACAAUAUACUCUCCCUGCUCCCCAACGCCCCUACUAUCCCUUCUUCCCCAAAUUCUUCAAGUUCUUCUAAGUUUAUAUAUGUGAGAGGGUAAUGUGUUAGUUUAUAAAUUCAUUUAGAUCUACACAUUGUGAGAGAAUGAUGUCUUAGAUCCCUGAGCUUUUCAUCUCAACAACUUCUUAGAUCCACACUCCCUCAUUAGCAACUCUCAAUUUUAAGAGGUAUGUAUGUUAUUAUUUGAGCUAAUGAUUAUUUUGACCAUCAAAAUUAAAGAAAAGUAGUACGUAUUCAAACAACUUAAUUAUGUUAGGUGAUAUUCAAAACUUAUCUUUAAUUACUUCAUAUAACAUUUGCAUUAUGUAAGUUGUUAUUUAGCUCACCACACAAAGCUCAUCACGAAACAGUAAUGCGAAAAAAAAAAUCAGUUGACUAUUU